AUGGUCGGGUGCGCCAACCGUGUUUCCGGCCUCAAAUCCGCCGCCCGACUGAGGCAGAGCGGGUUGAAAGUCAAGACAACCCAGGCCAUCGACUCAAAUGACUGGCGGAAGAGGGCGGCCGGCGUGUCGUCUCCAGGUGAGGGCACCAGGAUGAGCAAACAGAGCUACGACCACAACGACGACAUAUGUAUUCAGAUGGAAUUGGAAACAGACGAUUCAUUCUCGGGUCCGCAAUACCGUUACCCAAAGGAUAAAAAGGCUGCCUGGGAAAGCGUUAUCUCCGCUCCAGUGUGGCAGCUCCCUUCGUCUUCUCCAUCGACGUCUGGGGACGACACCAAGGAAGCAGUCAAGAUACAACUAAAGCAAGUCCGCCCAAUACUCACGAGCGUAAAUGGGCAAGGCAUUGCACUGCCCAACCGUUUCUGCUUUGACGUUUCUGCGGUCGACCCGCAAGACGCCCCGUCUGACCUUGCGCUUGGUGAGCUAAAGCGCCUCAACGGCCCAGCAGCCUUCCGACGGGUAUCAUCAGAAGACUCUGAUGAAAUCUUGGUUGAGCUUCAAGAAAUGCUGAGCGAGAACCGGGACACCCAAAACUCAGCCGGUUCGAAUCUGUCAGCGUCUCACGACCAACUGCAAGAGAUAAGGGCUCAUCCAAAGCAUCAUGGCUCUGCUUUUGAGAUUCCCGGGGCCCCAGUUCCCGAGACCAGGCCCAGACAUGCAGGUAAAGGGCCGUCAAACGAGGAAGAGGAUCGCUUUCAGAGAAUGCUGAACCGCCUACAAAACAAGCACGAGCCCCCGCCGCCGGCCCGAGAAACCAAUGGCCCGGCAGCGUCAUCUCGUCACAUCGUCGACCCUGCCAUCGUGGCAAUGAAGUUGAAAGACGACCCCGAACCACCGAGUAGAAGCACUCAGCACGAACCAAGCGCAGAGGUUGCAAGGAAGUCUUUCGUUGCCCGACUCGAUCGCUUGCAUAAUUAUGGGAAACUCAGUUCUACUGACUCUGGUUAUGCAUCAAAUAUGCCAGACCGCGGUUCGGGUGACCGCCGUUCAAGGGAUGACUCGCGGGAUAAACCUCGCGAUAUACCCAAGGAGCACUCAGUGGACGACAAUCAGAUCAAGACGUUAAAUCCCGCCGCUGCCGAAUUCAAGUCGGCUACCCCAACCGACGCCACCCCAUGGUUGUCGCCCAAGAAGCUCUCCCGCCCACCCCUCGCUAACAUCUUCCCUGAAGCUAUGCCUAGCCACACUCCACUCACCGCUGUAAGAGAGGGCAUUCCGUUUCAACGACCGCAGCAGACAAAACUGCCGGUUCCUACAGAAACUACUCAAAAAAGCCGGGCUAUUGGGAAUGGCACGCUUACUAGGGCUACGAUACCCGGGCCACGGCCUUCCGAGCUCGCAUUGCCUAUCAAUGGCAUGGCCCCGAAUGGCUUCCCAUCAACCAGCACGCUGCCUCACCAUGUUAUUACGCCAAUGGGGUUGUCUGCUACAAUGUCUGCGGCAGCAUUUGCGAGCUCUCCAUUCUACAAUACCAUGGGGAAUGUCCCGUCCACAGCAACGCUCAACGCGCCGAUUAGUGUUUCGCCUCUAAGUUUGCCAGCUAUGAACGGAUUCAACACAUUCCCGCCCGGCGGUGGAGCUUCGGUGCCGGCCUACGUCCCAGGGGUAACAGCAGGCGUUAACCCAUGCCUCCCCCAUACCGCACCAUUUAUCCCGGGCGCUUCCCUACAGUCCUCGAUCGGCCCCGAGAGGAAGCUUGACCGACCUUACUUUCCUGUGACCGUGAAGCCCCGAGACCACGACCCGGUCAAGCAGCAGAUGUACGAAGCUUAUCUCGAAUGGCGCAAGGCGAACGAGCCGGGCUACCAUAUGAAGUGCAAGAUGCGCCAGGCCAAUCGUGUCAUGCGCCAGUGCCAGCAGAAGCAAGAGAUUCCGCUGGCCAGCAAUCCCGAUAACUGGAAAGCAAUUGCUGAGAAGGCCAAGGCUGCUGUUGGGGCGGCGGCUGCUGCUGCAGCGGCUGAGAAGAGGAUGUGGCAGGAGUCGGUCAGAGAGGAACUGAGGGUGAAGGUGAGGGAACUGAGCCGGGACUCGCAGAGGGUUGCUGCCGGCAUGUGA